AGUCCAAACUGGAGUACAAGAUACUUUUUUUACUUUUGAAGUUUAUAAAGAUGAGAUCACAAUGCAACUAAUUGACAAGGCAUGCCAAAUGUUAGAUGUUUCCCCAGAUAUGGUCCUAAAACAAUUUGGAGAAUAUUUCUUUGAAUUCUGUAAACAGUCGGGUUAUGACCAUAUGCUGAGAACACUGGGAGGAAAUCUGUAUGAAUUUAUAGAGAACCUGGAUGCAUUACACGGUUACCUCAGUCUGUCUUACCAGGAGAUGAAUGCUCCUUCCUUUAGGGUAGAAAAGAAUGAAGAUGGGUCAAUGUAUUUGCAUUAUUAUUCAGACAGAAGAGGCUUAUGCCACAUAGUUCCAGGAAUCAUUGGUGCAGCAGCUUUGGACUUUUUCAAUACUGAAAUUUCAAUGGAAAUUGUCAAUCAGACAGAAGAAGAAGAAAGAACAGGGAAAAAAGAACACAUUGUAUUUCUUGUAACACAAAAACCUGUUUUUUCAUACAAAAGAAGAAACAAGUUCUCUUCCUCACACUAUCUUCCAAAUUCUGGAGCUCAAGCAGAGAAAAGACUGAAUAAAGAGGAACGUGAAAGAACCAUGAAUAAGAUUAGAGAUAAAACAAGUGUCAAAAGGAGCCACUGGGAAACAAUCAGAGGAAUUGUGACAAUAGGAAAAGGUCGACUUCUUAGAGGAUUUGAUCCUGUCUAUCCUAGGACCCUCUGGAUUGACCCAAAGACUUUUUGCAUUGGGCUUCCCUUCCAUAUUGUUUUUGAUGAACAGCUUAGGGUGAAACAAGCUGGGGUUAGUAUUCAAAAGAUUGUGCCUGGCCUUCAAAUACUGGGCAUCCGUCUCAAUCAGUACUUUACUAUUGUACGCCCUGAAGUGAAAUUUACCAUCUCCAGUGUUCAGAGAUUUAUCAACAGCCAAUUUGUUUUCCGGACCAAGAGAGAGAUGAUGCCGGACUCCUGGAAGCAGCGUCCUAUGUUAGAGCUAAGAGGGCAGAUGAUCUGGAUGGAUUCUGUUCAGUGCAUGCUGUACCUUUGUUCCCCUCUGUUGCGUACAUUGCAUGAGUUGGAGGAAAGACACAUGCACAUUUCUGACAUAGCCCCCCAUGAUGUCACUAGAGAUUUGAUCUUGCUCAACCAACAGCGGUUGGCCGAGAUGGAGCUCUCCAAUCAACUGGAGAGGAAAAAAGAGGAGCUGCGGAUCCUGUCAAAACACCUAGAGGAAGAAAGGAAGAAAACAGAAGCCCUCCUGUACGCCAUGCUGCCUAAACAUGUUGCCAACCAGCUGAAAGAGGGGAAACGAGUUGAGGCAGGAGAAUUCAAAGAAUGUACUAUAUUAUUCAGUGAUGUUGUGACUUUUACUAACAUUUGUGCCCAAUGUGAGCCUAUUCAGAUAGUCCUCAUGUUAAAUGCAAUGUAUCUACGAUUUGACAGGCUAACCACAGUACAUGAUGUCUACAAGGUUGAAACCAUAGGGGAUGCCUACAUGGUUGUAGGGGGUGUCCCUGUCCCUGUAUCAACCCAUGCUGAACGGGUUGCCAACUUUGCUCUGGGAAUGAUCAUAGCAGCCAAAGACAUAAAAAAUCCUGUUUCUGGAAAUCCUAUUCAAAUUAGGGUUGGGAUCCACACAGGAUCUGUCCUUGCAGGGGUUGUUGGAGAAAAAAUGCCACGUUACUGUUUGUUUGGAGAUACAGUGAAUAUAGCAUCCCGGAUGGAGAGCCAUGGCGUGCCAAACAAAAUUCACCUCAGUGGCAGUGUUUAUCAAUGCCUCAAAGAGAAGAAUUUUGACAUUAAGGAAAGAGGAGAAAUUGAUGUGAAGGGCAAAGGGAAAAUGCACACUUAUUUUCUGGUCCAAAAUACAAUUGCAACUGAAAAUGAGAUCAUGGGAAGACCAAGUGAAGAUGCUGGCCUCAACCACGAAUCUUCUCAAUUGUCUCAAGAUUGUAAGGCUGAUGGCAAGCAAAACUCAUUCUCACAAGAUGUCCCACUAAAUUCAGACAAGGAACUGCCUCCUAUUGUAGCAAUGAAAUAUGCAGAUAGACCCAUAGAAAACCACACCAAUGUUAAAGGAAGGCAUGAAUCAAGAACAAAGGAUUUAACAGACAAACUGUGUGAUGCAGAGACCUACGCAAGUAGUGGUGUCCAGCAGCCAAACCAAAAUCCGUAUAAUUUCAUACAAAGAAGACACAGGCCAGGUGCAGAGACACCACAGAUCAGGAAUGUCAGGUCUAAUUUCUGUAACUUGUUUUAAUGUUCACAUUAGAGAAGUUUUGUGUCCUAUGUUAUUAUAUUUCAUUAUUGCUCCCUUGGAAUGGACGGUACACACUCAAUGUACUGUGAUCCAGUAUGUGUUUUAAGAUUGACAGUGUUUUAAGAUUUCUUUGUUUCACUGGUAGCAAUAACAAAACAAAUAUCAAUAUUUUAUGGUAAUAGUAUUGACUUGUAUUAUGUAUGAGUAUAACAUUACCUCAUCUAUGACACAGGAGAGUCAGUCAGCAUAUUUUGUAGUGCUUUUUCUCUUAUGUUAUAUUGCAAAAAAAAAACAUAGUUGAAUUCAGUUAAUAUAACAGUUCAUACAAACAAAUUCAACUGUUUUCCAUUCCUGGCCUCUGAACAAUAUGCUUCCCAUUUAUUUGUAAUUUUAUAUUCAAGUACGGUUACAAAGUUCCCCAGAAUCUACUGUUACCUUUGUUUAGUGUGGAUACAACUGCUGUUCCUAUGUAGGCCCUGAUCCUCAUUUUGGAAUAGCAAAAGAAUUGGUCCUGUCCCUCAGUCUUUUCUUUAACUAUGAAAAGUCCAAUAUCCAUAUAUAUGUGUAGCUAUACAAUAUUUUCACCUAAAGACAUCCAAAUUGACCAAAGGAAGUAAAUAAGGAAACAUGCAUUCCAAGGACCCAGUGCAAAUUUCAAAUAUUUUUUUACUUAUGUUAUGACUUCAUGAUGGAUAUUUUAUAAUUUUGAUGAAAUCUCAUUUUAUUGCAGAUGUCCCUCUCCUCUCCCCCUCUUCCAUCCACACACUCCAAGACAUACAGUAUAAGGGUAAAGUAUCUUCUUUGUCAAGAGUUUAGGAAGAAAAAUAGUUUAGUCUGGAGCUAAAGGUUUUCCCUAACCCUCUAAUUAAUCUGACAAUAUAUUUAGCACUGAUAGAAAUAAGGGCAGAAGGAAGGCAUCAUGGAAUUACAAAUAAAAUUCUUUUCACUGAAAAUGGAUGAUAUGUUUUUGACUUUAUCAAUAGCUUUUUGACUUCCUUAUUUAACCCUGCAUCACUAAAAAAUGAAAACAAAGCACAGGUUCAUGACUGUGGCUGUAGCCUUACAGCUGAUUAAGGGAGGAGCAUAUUUCCCAACCAGAUGUAUUAUCUACUAAUUUGAAAUGAUUCUUUGUAUGGCCAUAAUUAUAAAUGUGUUUUCAUGAUUUAUGGCAUUUUCUA